CCUCCUGCGCAUCUCCUGUGUUCGGUUUGAGCACACCUUGUAAUCCGUAUCAGAGCCAUGAACGUGAUCCAGGAGAUAAGGCGCAUCAACGAGCGGGAGCUCGAGCAAGGGGUGUCCGGCAAGGCCUCAUGGCACCACGAAUACAAGGACAGUGCGUGGGUCUUCGCCGGAGGCUUUCCGUACGACCUCACCGAGGGGGACAUUCUUUGCGUUAUGUCACAGUGGGGGGAGAUCGAGGACAUAAACCUGUGCCGAGAGAAGGAUACAGGGAAGUCCAAGGGGUUCUGCUUCAUCAAGUACGAGAACCAGAAGAGCACCAUCCUCGCCGUGGACAACUUCAACGGCAUCGAUCUGUUGGGUCGCACGAUUCGAGUCGACCACAAGCACAAGUACUCCCUGCCCGCCGAGGUGAGGGAGAAAGCGGAGAAAGAGGACGAGGAGAGGAUCGCUCGGGGUGAGGCGCCGUCGGAGAAGGGGCCGCAGUGGAGGCCUGGUGUCGCAUACGAAGGGAAACAGCUGGCCACAUCUCACAACUUCCACAAGGGUGUUGACGUGUUCGCCAAACCAGAGCAGGGUUCUGGAUCGAGCGAUGAAAGCGAUGGUGCUGGGGGAACACUGGGCGAGUCGGCGGCCGCGAAGAAAGAACGUCGGGAGGCAAAGCGGAAAAGAAAGGAAGCUCGGGCGGAUGCGCGGGAGCGGAAGAAGAGGGACAAGGAAUCCUCUGCCGGGGGCGACGGCAGCGACGGCUACCACAAGAAGAAAAAGAGCAAACACCAUAGGAAGGACAAGAAGAAAGAGGACAAGAAGGAAGGCCGCGCCCACGGCAAGGACAACAAAACCAGAAGCAGCGAAAAUCCACGGGCCGGCAACGGCGGACGGGGUGAGGAGAAGGUCGGCGAACGACACGAUCAUCGUCGCGACAAGGAGCCACCCACUAGCCGCAGCAGCGGCGCCGACGCGAGCGGGGCUUGGGAACGAGGCGCACGUGCGCCCGGCGACGGCCCGUAUUCCGGUGGCCCCCCCUUUUCUUCUUCUUCGCAACCUUCAGGUCGUGCCCCGGCGUUGGCACCACCAGUCCCUCUGUCUUCGGGCAAUGUCAUGGAUUGGAGGGGACUGGGCGGGCGCGGCGCCGGCGGACGGGGGGGAGGCAAGGGGGGCGGGCGAGGCAGAGGGGCCCCGCAGAGUGGUGGGCGCGGUACAGAAGGGAUGAACUCGAUGGGGGGUAUGGAUCGUCGACGGUAGUGGGUGGCUGAAAUGUAGUGGAUACCCGAGGUUGUGGCAAGGCCGUGAUUCGCUGUAGAUUUUUUUUUCCUUGCUUAGCAUGGGUAUUCUUUGCUGGAGCCUUCAGGGUGGUUGGUUGUGACGUGGCUAUCCCCGUCGGGCGUGAGGGUGUACUGCGAAACUGUCGCACCAAACAUGGCGUUGUGAUGGAGGACGAACGCUGAUACAGCCUUUGGAGGCAAAUGAGUGUGCCCAGCUUGGAAUGACCGCAAGCACAUGGUGAUGGAUACGCGGGCGCUGGUGUCUGCGAGGUGUGGUGUAGUGCGCGUGUACGCUAAGUGUUUUUUCAGAGAAUCGCUGUAACUCGUGUUCAAGUUGGUGGC